CAGGUGCUGCAUGCCCUGAGCACAUUGUAAACUCCUUCCCCGGCCUCCAAACAAGACAAAAAACAGCUAUACGGUUUGAAGGUUUUGAGCUCCCAGGCUUUACGAAGUGUUACGCCAGGAUAACCAACCCAAUUUUGGCACUUAUAGAGGGUGCACUGAAGGGCUGGGGACUUCACUUGUUCUCUUGCCUUUGUGACCUUUGGCAAUGUGGAACUCUGGUCUAGUGAGGACUAGCUUAAUCAUUCCAAGAUCUCCCUGUAGGAGCAGCAUGUGCAAAGUGACUUCAGUCCCAUCCUCCAAACACAAGGCUGCUGCAAAUAAAAAUCACAAAAUAUAUUUAUUUUUCACCUAUUGACUGUACAAAUUAAAUUUUGUUACAAGACCCCACUUCAAGAGCUAGGUUAUGGUUGUAAGAAUAAUGGCUUAGACUGUGACGGAAAUGACAGGAGGAACAGAGCCAUGUUAAUCAUGUUGAUGAAAUCCAAGGAAUUUCAUUAUUUCCUUUAUAUUCUAAGAUGCCUCCCUCACUUCACUUUGUAUUUAUAGACUGAAAUAAUGAAGGAAGUUGUAUCACUCUUUAACCAUGGGAAAAAUGACCAAACUUCCUGUAAAGUAACCAUAGUUACUGAACAUCUACUAGUUGAGAUGACAAAUUUAGUUGUUGAACUAGAAAAGUUGGUUUCCAGGAGUUCCAGGAUAUACAGCAGGGCAUGACAGUUACCUUGGGUUGGGGAUCUGGUGGAUGAGUGAAAUGGAAGCUAAUGAAUUGUCUCUACCUGUGUAAAAUGCUGUGCCUUGGGUUUAUGACUUCUUAGUCACCCAGGUUCUUCUCGAAAUGGGAUUUGGGGCUUUUUUGUUUGCUUCUGGACAAACAAAAGAGUUUAUUAUGUCUUUAUUUGUGUGUCACAUUGAUCCCUUUGAGAAUUCGACGUGGCUGUGGACUCCUUCCUCCCAAAUGGCUAUACGCACGUAUGCACAGAUAUUGCAUAUAAUUCCAGAGGAUUCACACGCACAGACUCUAGAUUAAGAAUCCCUGUCUUGAGGAAUGUAUAUGGAGGAACUGGAGCAAGGCCUGCUGAUGCAGCCAUGGGCAUGGCUACAACUCGCCGAGAACUCCCUCUUGGCCAAGGCUUAUAUCACCAAGCAGGGCUAUGCCUUGCUGAUUUCAGAUCUUCAACAGGUGUGGCACGAACAGGUGGACGCUAAUGUGGUCAGCCAGCGAGCCAAGGAGCUGAACAAGCGUCUCACUGCUCCCCCUGCGGCUUUUCUCGGUCAUUUGGAUGAUCUGCUUCGCCCAUUGUUGAUGGACACUCCUGGGCCCGGCAAAGCCACCUUUUCCUGUGAUCAUGUGGCCGAGGCACUGAUACUACGGGUGCGGAGUGAGCUCUCUGGUCUCCCCUUUUAUUGGAAUUUCCACUGCGUUCUAGCUACCCCUUCCCUGGUCUCCCAGCAUUUGAUUCGUCCUCUCAUGGGCAUGAGCCUGGCCUUGCAGUGCCAAGCCAGGGAGCUAGCAACCUUGCUUCGAAUGAAAGAUCUAGAGAUCCAGGACUACCAGGAGAGCGGGGCUGUGCUGAGCCGAGAUCGGCUGAAGACAGAGCCAUUUGAAGAAAAUUCCUUCUUGGAACAAUUUAUGGUAGAGAAACUACCAGAGGCAUGCAGCAUAGGUGAUGGAAGACCCUUUGUCAUGAAUUUACAGAGUCUGUAUGUGGCAGUCACCAGACAGGAGAUCCAAGUGAGACAGGAGCAUCAAAGUGCUGGAGAUCCUCAGCCCUCAAGCAGUGCCUCUUCCCCACAGGGAACUGAAAACCAGCUUCUGAACCAGCCAAAAGAGCCGGUCUCCUCAGCACCAUCCCUCCCAGUGCCUGAGAAAGAGCCCACAGGUCCUUCAGGCCCCGUGAAGCGACCUCAGCUGUCAAAGGUCAAGAGGAAGAAGCUGAGGGGGCUCUUCAGUUAACCUGUCGCUGUCUCAACUGCUGAGGAUGGACUUGGAGAAGAGUUUCCUAACGUCAGCCUGAAAGGCGCUCUCAUGUCAGGAGUAUCUCUGACACAGAGUUAUAUAGUCAGAGGCCCCAGUGCAGGGGCAAGAUAGCUGAAGUCCAUGUUGAAAGGCAUGGGUACUGUUAACCGAGGGAAUCUUGGCUCUAACCCGUUGGCCAUUGGCCUUCCCUAUCCAAGUGAAAGCCAGCUUCUGAGAAUCCCAUACCUCCCUCUCUUUUGGUGGAGGCUCUCCAGACCUAGGGUCCUGCCAUGGAUGUUAGGCAACGACAGGGCAAGUCCGCAGAAAGACACAACAUGCUCAGGAAGCCUGUCCACCUUUCUUAAGAGCCCCUAGCCGGUUCCAGUGCUCCUCGGAGAUCCACUUCUCUCGUCAGCAUGGAAUAAAAAGCACUCACAUCCCCCUGC